CAACCGUUUAAACCCUCAAAACCCUACACAAAUACCUCUUUACCAUAAAAAAUGUACUCAUCAAUUAUAUUCUUAAAACGUUCUAGGAUAUUCCAGUACAAUGCUCUUCACAGUCUCACCUUCCUCCGCCACAUGGGUGGCGGCCCACGGACGUUCCCUGGCGGCCUGAACAAAUGGCAAUGGAAGCGCCUCCACGAAAAGCAGGCCAGGGAGAAGGAAAAACGGCUUCUGGAUCAAGAGAAACAGCUCUACCAGGCGAGGGUUCGAUCCGAGAUCCGCUCCAAAAUCGCCACCCCAGAUUCAUCAAAACAUGAACAAAACACGAAUCCAUCCAACUAUAAACCAUUAUCCCCUAAAGAACAUAUUAAAGCUCUAGCGGAUCGUUUCAUGAAAGAGGGCGCGGAAGAUUUGUGGAACGAAGCUGAUGGCCCAAUUCAUUCUCCUUCUCCUCAAGAAAUAGCCAGAAUUGAAUCAACUCAUAAUCCAAUUAAUUUGCGAAGAGUGGUAUCUGAUCAAAGUCGGGUAGCGAGCAAUAAAGUAAGUGAAGUUUCUUCGGGUUUUAGUAAUAAUCAGUUGAAACCCAGGCAUUAUUCGUCGUUCCUUAAUUUAGGUAGCCAAUAUGGUUUGCUGAAAGCUAGGCAUUAUUCAGUUAGGACUUCUAGGUUUACCUAUAGGAAAAAUGAUAGCUCCUCAAGCGAAGAUGAUGAUAAGGACGAAGAUGAAGCUUUUUUAAUGACGAAGAGGAAGGGUGUGGAUUUAAGAGGAUCACGAUUGAGUUUAAUUGGCUCAUCAGAUGCCGAGGGGAGUGGUGAUGAUGAUGAAGGGAAGGGAAAUGGGAAGAAGAUGAAGAUGAGCAGUGCUGCAUUGGGAAAAUAUGAUAUAAAGAAGACAAAAAGGAUACCAUUGAAAUUCUUGGAAGAGGAGGAUGAUUUGUCUCUACAUGUACAGGCUAUUAGGAAUGAGUUCAAUAAGAGGCGUAUGGCUGAAAAAGACAUUGGAGUGGGUGAUGACGACUCCAUCCUUAGUCCAAAGAGGUUUGAUGAGUGCAAUGUAUCUCCAUUGACAAUAAAAGCUCUUACUUUAGCAGGCUAUGUGCAAAUGACGAAAGUCCAAGAUGCUGCAAUAUCUGCUUGCCUCGAGGGGAAAGAUGCUUUGGUCAAAGCUAAAACUGGAACAGGGAAAAGUGCUGCUUUUCUGCUCCCCGCAAUUGAAACAGUUUUAAAGGCUUCAGCUAGCAAUGAGAGAAAACGGGUCCCACCAAUAUGUGUUCUUAUUGUUUGUCCCACAAGAGAACUAGCAAGCCAGAUAGCUGCAGAAGCCAAUGUGUUACUCAAAUAUCAUGAAGGAAUCGGUGUUCAAACUCUUGUUGGAGGCACUCGAUUCAAAGUUGAUCAGAAACGUCUAGAAACAGAACCAUGCCACAUUAUUAUCGCAACCCCUGGUAGAUUGUUGGAUCACAUUGAGAACAAGUCUGGAUUCUCUGCACGUUUGAUGGGAUUGAAAAUGCUUAUACUUGAUGAAGCAGACCAUUUAUUAGACCUUGGAUUCCGGAAGGACAUGGAGAAAAUUGUUGAUUGUUUACCUCGUCAAAGACAAUCUUUACUCUUUUCUUCAACACUUCCAAAAGAGGUUCGAAGGGUAUCUCAGCUUGUUUUGAAAAGGGAUCAUGAGUAUAUUAAUACAGUUGGGUUAGGUCCAGAAACACAUGAUAAGGUUAAUCAAUCUUACAUGAUUGCACCCCAUGAACAACAUUUUCAAAUAGUUCACCAUCUAUUGAAACAACAUAUUGCUCAAACCCCAAAUUAUAAGGUUAUUGUAUUCUGUACGACAGCAAUGAUGACAUCACUGAUGUUUUCCCUUUUUCGUGAGAUGAAAUUGAAUGUCAGAGAGAUUCAUUCAAGGAAACCACAACUUUACAGAAGCCGUGUUUCUGAAGAAUUCAAGGAAGCAAAACAGCUGAUUCUUAUCACAUCUGACGUGUCGGCUCGUGGAAUGAAUUAUCCUGAUGUCAGUUUGGUAAUUCAGGUGGGUGUACCUGUUGACCGCGAACAGUAUAUAAAUCGUCUUGGAAGGACAGGGCGUGAAGGAAAAGGCGGGGAAGGAAUCUUGUUGAUUGCACCAUGGGAACAAUAUUUUCUUGAUGAAGUUAAAGAUCUCCCACUUCUUGAAUCCUCUUCACCACAUUUAGAUCCGGAUAUGAAAGUCAAGAUUGAGAAGGCAAUGGAGAAAGUUGACCCAAGUGUGAAAGAGGCAGCAUAUCAUGCAUGGCUUGGGUACUAUAACUCAGUUAGGGAAACAGGUAGAGAUAAAACGACACUUGUUGAGUUAGGAAAGGGGUUUUCCAACUCGAUUGGGUUACAGAAAGUGCCUGCUCUUUUUAGAAAAACAGCACUGAAAAUGGGGCUUAAAGAUAUUCCAGGUUCAGUUGUUUUGCUAUCGUUAUGUUUUGGGGUUUCAUUAACCAUAUGCUGA